CGAGUUGUUUUUAAAUGUGUCUCCAAUUACGCUUUCCAGGGAUACUAUGAUGCAUCUGGUUGUUCCGUCUUGUUAGGUUUUUAGACACAAUUUCACUUCCUCCACAGAUCUGCUUUCAUUGACUCUUGUCAAUUUAACGUUAUUUAACAUUGUAGUGUUUAGGACUAUUUAAAGCCGCGUAGUAAACGAAUGAAUAACAACAAAAUAUGUUAUUGGCCACCACUGACACUUGAAACCUGAUUGAAUCUUUUGUACCCGUUUAUCGUCACUGCUCUGUUUUGUUCUAUUUUCAGACUCCAACAUUAUCGAGAUUACACAUACUACACACACAUCAUAAAGAUUCAGCACCUAAAUAUGGGACAAAUAUUGGGAGUGCACAUUUGGCCUUAAAUCACACUUUUUUCCCAUAUCCUUUUUCUAAUAAUUGUCUUGCCCCUCUAAAUUCUGUAAUGUUUGUACAUUUUGUAAAGCCUUUUAUUAUAUGUUGUCGUUGGAACAACUUGACAGCAGAUUCAAGAGGAAAAUUAAGACGUGUCCAAAUCUCGCCAUACCGUUCUGCUCGUAUUACACUGCUCGUUCAACCAGGACAUUUUAAACCAGCAGCCUUGCUGGAGCUGAACACUUUCCCAACCACGACUGAGCUCACAGGCACCCGACCUACCACAAGGGGUUACUAGAGCAAGACAAGAAAGGUUUCUAACCGACAUCCACCCCUGUUCCAAACGAUUUAAAUGGAUGUAUAUCUAAUAUGAUGCAAUCAGUUUUGAUAAUGCCAAACAAGCAAUUUCGUGUGCGAGUCCACUAAAGUUAUUCUAUAAAAGCUCUGACGAAUAUAUAUACAUAUCAUAAACAUUUGCACUACUCGUCUAUAUUGGAAUGUUAGCCAGAGAUUGAUCAGACAGGAAGUCUAAUAUCUCUAUGAAGACCCUUGCAAGAUUGAUCGAGAGGCUUCUAAACCAAUGGAGAGGACGCUAACCUAAAGCAGGCGGGGUUUCCUGUUGAGGGAAUCAGUUUGUUGCUAUGGUUGAAAAUGUCUCCUUAACAACCGGACUGAAAGUGGAGUAAACUUCGGGUUUGUUAUCUUACUGUGCCUGUCUGCUACUGGUGGAAUGGCAGAGACGGCAGAAAGCAAGAAAGAAGAGGCAGACUACAAAAGGCUCCACAGCUUUCCUCUUAUUAGGCAUACAGAUAUGCCAGAGGAGAUGAGGGUGGAAACCAUGGAGCUCUGUGUCACUGCCUGUGAGAAGUUUGCCACCAACAAUGAGAGUGCGGCAAAGAUGAUCAAGGAGUCGAUGGAUAAAAAGUUUGGCAGCUCAUGGCACGUUGUGAUCGGGGAGGGCUUCGGCUUCGAAGUGACGCACGAAGUCAAAAACCUACUCUACAUGUUCUUUGGAGGCAGCUUGGCCGUGUGUGUCUGGAAGUGCUCCUAGCAUCAGCACAUCUUAUCUAUCUUAUCUUAUCUAUCUUAUCUAUCUAUAUUUCUAUCUAUCUCUUUCUCCCUCCAUCUGAAUUGAAUUGCCACAUCCCUUCCAAUUUGACUUAUUCUUUCAAAUGGUGUGUGUAUGUGGUUGUGUGGGUGGGUGGGUGUCUGUGUUGUGAACUCACACAUUAAUUGCGGUUAGGGUCCCUAAUGCCCUUAUUCUUACAUGUUCUUUGGGAGCUGAAUGCAGUGUGUGCAUGUGUGCAUGUUUGUGUGUGCUGGACACACAUUUUUAGAAAGGAUUUCUUAACCCCUUCUUUAGUUUGAACAAAUCUUGUCUUUGGAAUCCCGAAUAUCUGCAGUCCAAUUUUUGUCAUUCUCUUUCUUCUCACUCACUCACAUUUUUUAUAUUUUAUAAUUGUAAGUAUAUGUGUAAAUAUUUUGAUGCUGAUUAUUAUUAGAUUUUACUUUAGUUUUUUUGACAGGCUGUUUUUUAUGUCUGAUUGUUAGGUAAAUGGCACAGAAACAAAACCGAUAACUUUGACAAAACCUUUUAGUAUUUGUUACGGACAGGUUUAAACUUGCAAUUCGAUGCAGUAAAUCUCUGUUUUAAAUGAACUGUAAUAAAACCUACUAAAUUGUACAAAG